CGUUUCUCCUUUUCCUAGAGUUUUGUGGCUGCGUCUGUGCCCACGGGCCUCUGCUCUUGUGUGGCUGUUUCAACGUGUGCCGCGGGCUGGCGGCGAGAGGCUUCCACGGCACUCUGACCUUGGCUCCCGUGGCUGGCAAGCCUCAUGCUCGGGUCAGAGGCCGGGCCUUGGGGGCAGGCGAGUGUCUCGGAGGGCCUGGCACCCCUCCCCGGCCCCUCAGGGGCCAUGUCCUCCCUCCCCGCCCACCCAGGGCCCGGCUGCCUGUCUCGGGAAGGAGGGCUCCUAUCUUUCAGGAGCGGUGAUUGGAUUCUCCGGGUCUCACGGCCCAGUUGCCAGCCCGGCUGGGCUCCGCGUGGCCACACCUCAUAGGUUCCACCCGUGAAGGGGACCCCAGGUGGCGGGGCGCUGGCGGCUCCGUGGAGGGCCGCCCCGUGCUCAGGACUCCCAGGCACUCGGGUCUGGAGCGGGGCUGAGGGUCAGUCCCACCCGAGCCUCUGGAGCUGGUCUGUUUGGCUUGGCGGGGGCGGGUGAGGGGCUCCCAGGAAGUUCCUCUGGAAUCCAGCCUCCCGCCUGCGGGGCAGGGUCAGCGCUGCAGGGAGCGUGUGUCUGAGAAGGAACAGCAGAGGGUGUCCCCUCGCCUCCCCACACAGCCCUGCCCACUGUGUCAGACAGAAACCCCAACUAGCCUGGGCGCACCGCGGUCUCUGGGCCCGUAGGAUGGGCGUGUGGCGGCCUGAGCGGCUGUGCAGGGCGGGGGGGGACGUGGGGAGACGAAGCGCCCGCCCGCCUGAGGCCUGGCUCCCCGCCCAGUGGCCCCCGGCCUCUGUCCACUGGCUGGAGCGGCCCGCAGGCCCCGUGAGGAAGGUGUCCCCUGUGACCGCUCUGCUCCACCCCCACUGCCCCAUCCCAGGCGAGGCCUUCGGUGCUGCAGGGACAUCGCCGUCCUGGCCCAGGCCCCGGGCUCCCCUCGCCCCAGGCCACGGAAGCAUGUGUGAUUCCAGGGCAGACAGAGGUCUCGCUCGCGGCCUCCAUGCCCAGGCCUGGGGACACCGGGCACGCGGGUGGAGAAGGGCCCCCCGUCCCCGAAUGCACACGCCGGCGAGGCCCUGCCUGUGGCCCAGCUGACGGGGAGGCCAGACCGAGCCCCCAGGCGCCCGUGAGUGGGGUCAGCCUCUCCUACCUGCUGUCUCCUGGCGGGGCCCGCACUGUGGGCAUCGUUCUCCUGCAGCCCAGGCCUCGGGGCCUGCUGCCCGCCUUAUAGAAGGAGCGGGUGGGGCUUCGAGGGCCCCCCCGCGCUGGCCGCAGUGUCUGAGCCACGUGGGGCUCUCCCGCCUCGCCUCGCGGAGGCUGUCCAGGAACAGGAUGGGGUGGUACCCGGGGGGAGGGGGCCCGCGGCGGACGCCGGAGAGCGGGGUGCAGCUUCUCCCUGCUCGCCGGCGGUCCUCAGGGCAGCGGGCCUUGUGUCCCCCAGCAGAGGGGAAAGAGCUUUUCCAGAAAAAUGAAGAACGAAAAGGCCUUUUAAGUGCCACAAAGCAAAAGUUUGAAGCGUGACUUGUGUGGCUGCGGUGGUCGGGCCACGGUGGCCACGUGGGCCCUGGGGGCCUAGCCCUACUGCCCGGCGUGGGGCCACGGGGCCCUCCCUAGGCAGGGCCAGGCCGGGUCCAGUGAGACAGAGCAGGCUCCGUGGCUGGUAUGCUUUGGGGGCCACAGCCCUUUGACGCCCCUUCAUCUGGGGUCCGCUACCAGGCCUGGCAGGCUGUGCUCUGGGGCUGGGAGGGUCUCCUGUCGCGAGGCCCCUGCUGGCUGAGGCCCGGGCUGCCUGGGGCAGGACUGGGCAGGCCACAGGCCAGAGGCCUCGUGCUUGGCCAGGCAGAGCCCAGCGCCCGCUUCUGAACAGUGUGGCCAGAGGACAUUCCUGCUUGCUGACGGCUGCCCAGUGCGGGUGACGUCAGACUGCACCCGUGACGGCGAGGGGCAUGGGUGGGGCUGCAGCCGCCCCCCCAGGAGACCCUGGAGCCCUCCUGUGCUGGGGAGUGUCCGCGAGCUGGGCUCGGCCUGCCUGUCCUGCAGCGGGUGCCCCCCGGACUGCUGCUCCCCCCGGCUUCCUCCAUCCCUCCUCCGCCUGGGGCCCCAAGGGGCGAGGGCGACAGGGAGCGUUUCCCCUAGCAGGCCCGCCCCCAUGCUCCGGCGGCUCACAGACAGGGGUGCAGCCCCAGCCCCGCACCUCCGCACUCGGCCUUUUCUGCACAGAGGCCGACAGCUGAGCUUCCAGGGGACUCUGCGAUGUGGCGUUGGUGCAGGGUCACCCCAGGACCGUCCCCAAAACAGGCCCAUCAGGCCCGCUGUCCUAUGGGGGCUGGACUCAGGACUCUGCUGCCCACCCUCUGUCCAUGAACACCAGUGGGGAGGAGCCUCAGGGAGGUGGCUGGACGCUCCUGCCAGCGGAGUCUGCAGGGUGGACCCCUCAUCGGCCCCCCUUGGUGGGGGGGCCUCCGGAGACCCUGCGCUGUGCUCUGACAAGGUGACCGUGCUAGUGGCGCCAGGCGGAGCUGGGCUGGCCGGGGCCGCCGUCCCUCCCGGAGAAGUAACCUCAGACCUGGGCCCGCAAGACGCCACUGCCAGGGGCUGGGGGCCGGGGGCCGGGGGGUGGGCUGGGGGCCGGUCCACACCCAGCCUGAGCUGCCGCCCCCCGGCUCUGGGCUGUUGGAAGAGGCCUGUCCUCCCGACCAUCACAGGCAGCCUCGGAGCCCAGGUCUCGGAAACCAACGGGGUGGACAAGGCGGGGAGAGGGCAUGGUGAACCCGAUGGCGGCUCAGGACCGCCUCCAUCUCGGCCACGAGGGCGGGCAUUCCCGACCCCCGGGACGCGCCGUGCGCCGUCCAGGGACAGAAGAGCAGGGUGCUCCGAGACCCGGCACGAAAUGGCUGAAACCCCAGAGGCAGCUGUGUCUGCAGUCCUGGGAGGGAGUCUUCCCAGAUUCAGGUGCAUUUGGACCCUGGCCUGGGACUGGGGGCUGGGAAGUGCAUCUGACCCCAGUGGACGGCCCCACAGGGAAGGAGGGGCAGGCGGCGGGGCAGCCUUUGGAAUUGGAUCCUGGACACAGGAGACUGAGGGGUGCCCAUCCCCACAAACACGUGCUGCCCGUGCUGGACACCAGGCCACUUCCUGCUGCCUGCACUCGCCGGCCUCAUCUGCUCAGGGGGAACCGCCUUCUGGGGAUGGGCAACCACUCCAGGCGCUUGAGCCAGAAGCCAGAGCAGCCUCCGUGCCCCCACCCCGCACCCUCUCCGCGCCUCGUCUGCUCUCAGCAGCCCCAGCGACGCCAGCUCUGCCGCAAAUACUUUCGACUCUGAACCACCAUGCUCUCCGCGCCCACCACGACCUCGCGGGCCCCAGCACUGCCCGGCUGCUGCCAGCUCUGCCCUUGGUGGGACUCCAGGGUCCUCCUCACCCUUCGACCUGCUCUCCAUGGAGCCAGGCCGCUGCCCCAGCUGCCCCCAGAGCACAGUCCGGCCGGGCCCCGCUCCGCCCCGCUCGCUGACCCCCGUCUCGGACAUGCUCCCUGCCACCUCCUCUGAAUUGGCUGGAUGGUGGCUUCCUGGCCCGUCCACUGGGUCACUCAGCUUCUGUUGGCUCUGCUGUGUGAUGUCCAAGCCUGCAGAGCCUCCCUGGGGACAGGUCAGCCAGCCGUUCUCCUGGCCGAGUUUGCACGGACUCCGUGGGCCCUGAGGAUGCCACAUAAGAGGAAGAAACGCCCUCACCCCCUUAUGCUCCAAAGGGGACAGUGUUCCUGGGGGGAGGGGUCCCACCUCGGCCUCCAGGGCCCUUGGCGCUGCUCCUGGCGCGUUGCUGGGUCCUCCCCAGCCAGGCGGCCCUGUGAGCAGAUGCGAGACUCCAGAUCUGGGGAGUGACUUCUGAAGCCUUUGUGUCGAUUUUAAUUACAACAAUUAUGGCUUUAUCAGCAAGAUAAAGGUCACUGCCGGCCAGGGAGAUCAGGCAGCUUGACCUCUCCAGGAGGGAAAUGCCAAUUAAUUAUCUUUUUACAGCCAACUCAAUUAGACUCCCUAAUCACCUGUGUAGGACGCAGAGGCGAGAGGCGCAGAGACCUCGUGCAGGCCCGGCUGUUCCCCGGGGGAGAGCCGGCUCUAGGCCGGAUGUUUCCUCUGUUUGCGACACUCAGACCCCUAAGAGGUUAUCAGGCCGAAGCGGACAAGCCGUCCUGUCUGCUGGUGACUAGACACACCGCGCAAGCCUUCAGGGCAGCCUCCAUCAGCGAGGGGCUGGCGGGUUGCAGAGACAGGGACACACGAGCACCGGGGCAGCCAGUGAAGCAGGGAGGCCAUGCAGGGAGGACACGUGGGCCCUGGGUCUCGAUGACCGGGGGUCGGGGGAGGCAUCCUUUAGGGCUGUGCACGGCCAGGCGGGCACCCUCGGGCCCCUUCUCCAGCCGCCCAGGCCCCUGGCGAGGGCCCCCUCUGGGCUGCCUGCCAGCCCCCCGACCCCCGUUUGUCCAGUGGGUACACACAGCUCUGCUGUGCCCUGGGGUCUGGCCUGGAGGGUCUCUCAUCAGCCGGGCACGGGCAGAGAGGGCAUGGGGGCAUCUGUACCGGGCUCCCCUGCCACCAGGCCUGCAGACCUCUGUCCAGAGUCCCCGAUGCUGUCUCCCCACGUGGCACGCGUGUGCACACACAGGCACACGUGCGCACAUGUCCCGACUCUCACACUCCCCUGCCCAGGGAGGUCUCCAGCCCCAGGGCCACUGCCCGUGCACCCCAGACGGAACCACCCCUCACGGACCAGGCCUUGGUCCCGUUGGUGGUGUCUGCCUCGGAGGGCUUCCUAACAUCUGGCAAAAACCUCUGAGGGACGGCUCCCCAGCCCUGCCACGGUUCCUGGAGGCUGGAGACGGGAGGAAAAAGAGGAGGUGCCCCUCCCCACUCACUGGAUCCUGUCUGGGGCUCCUCCACGUGCAUUUGACGAACCAGCCAGAAGGCGUGCUCUGCAUGUCUGGACGGGCUCCCCCUACACUCGUUCUGCCGUCCGCGUCCUGCGGAGCUGUCCCAGCGGCACUUCCCACGCAGCGGACCCCAUGGGCAGGGGCUCCCCUCAGCAGUGGAUGCGUGUGUCCUGCCCAGGGAGAUGAGAGUGACAGAAACGCCUGCAGCGGGGUAAGUGCAGCUCCGAGCUGCUGACAUCUAACGGGUCAGCCUAUCCUAUUGGCCGAUGGGGUGAGCGGUGUGGCUGGGAGACCCGAGUGCGCCCUGAGCCCCACAGGUGACCAGAGGCAGAGCAAGGACCCCUUGACCCUCCCACUCCUGCCCUCCUGACCCUGGAGCCGGGAAUCAAGUCUGGCGCCCGUGAACCAUUUGGUACCAGGAGAUGGUCCAGGCCAGGAGGAGGUAAGAAAGGCCACGGCUGCCUGUUCAAAACCCUGCAGGUGGGUCCGUUUGGAGCCCGCAGGGACCAGAGUGGACGGGCUACUGUCCCCCAGGCGUGGCCGGACAUCCUCCAGGAGUCCUGCCUUCUCACCCCACCUGGCACCCUCUGGACAGCUCAACCCAUCUAAGAUCCGGCUGCGAGCAUCCUACACCAAGUGGGGAUUGUUUCUGCUACAGAACAAUGAAGCCAGGCUCCUCGAGAAAGAACACAGGAAGCGAGUGCUAGGUCUGCAGCCGAGUGACGCCCCGGCUUCCCUGCUCCAGCCCUUCAUGCUGCCUCUGCCCCCAGGGGCUCAGGGCCCUCACACCCACCUUCCUGCCCAGUUCCCAUUCCCCCUUUCAUCCACGCUGCCACACAAGAGUCCCUCCCAACCUGCGCCAGACUCAGGGGCCUCUUCCAUCUCCUCCUGGCUCCUCCCCACCUCCCAGGGCCCCAUCUGCCUGCGCUUCUCUCCAGCUUUCCUGCUGCCCACCUCCACUGGCUCCUCCAUCCCCAAACACACUCCUCCUGGGCCUCCUUCCAUGGCUUGUUUGGCUGCUGACAUCCCAAGGAUUGAAGCCUGCUUCUCCUGGACAGUCCCUCCUGGCUCUUAUGGCCUCAGUCCUUAGGUGUCCUUAGGACCAGGUCUGCCUGCUGUAUUGUCCUCACCACCCUGACUACCACCAUCAUCCCCAUCACCACCAUCAUCAUCACCAUCAUCA